UAAGGGCUUGUAAGUAGGCAUUUCACUAUAAGGUGAAUAUACCUGUUGUAUUCGGCAGAUGUGGCAAAUAACAUUUGAUUAGAUUUAGAAAUUCAGCUGUUAAUGUGUUUUCUACCUGUGAAUGUACAUUUUGACAUCAUGAUGUCGUGGAUUUUAGACAUUUUAAUAUUUCAGUGAUUUAGAUAAUGUGAAGGUCUCAUAGCGUUUCUAAAUCAUUCUAAAUACAAAAGUCAUACGUAUUUUCAAUCAUGUAAUUGCACUAAGUUGGGUUUGAUACUGUGUGGCCUUUAUCUGUCCUAUAUAGAGACCGUAAAAAGUCCUGGAUGACCCAGUUUCAGCCCACCUGUUUAAUCCAACUAUAGUGGGCUACUUUGAACUCUGGCAUAGUAGGCUAUUUGCGCCAUAUGCCAAUAGGCCAAUGGUAAGGCUUAAUAGUUAUUGACAUAAAAAGCAAAGAAGUCUGUCAGGGUAGUGACGCAAUAUCACUGUCCAUGCAGUGAUGGGAGCAAGUAGUAAUAGCCCUUCAUUUGAUUAAUUAAUGGUUGUUGUGUAACCAAGUUGCUGAACACACGUCAUACGACUUGGUCCUGACACCAAAAAGGCCGUGCACAUGAUGCAUGUUGCAUAAAUUGGAAACUGUUGCCAAAGUCGGAACCUGGGAAAUGUGGUUCUUGCCCUGCAGCAGCAGAUUACCUCGGUUGAUAGCCUAGUACGAAUUAAUUGUCUGAUGCCGCGUUCGAGUGCUAAUCGGAACUAGGAACCUCCGACAUUCCCGAUUUACUAACGUUUAUUGAAUGUGCCGUGUUCAAUAGCAAAUCGUUCAUUUCCGAGUAUCCUAGUUCCGAUUUAACACGUGAACGAAUAUAUAGUGAAUGGCCGUGUUCGAGAGCAUCAAAACGACUGCAGGCAACUGCCGACGGACUGAUCUACAAAUCAUCUUGCAUCAUAAAUAAAAAAUAAUUACCCAUUGUAGAUCAGUCAGUCACAAUUUACCCAUGAUUCAUUUCGGGUUUGAUCCUUUCGAAUACGGCCAAUGUCGUCUAUAAUUUUACGCGAUGACAUUAGCGGGCUACGUUUCUAUGGCAAUGAGGGGAUUCGAUUAUCUGGCCCGGGUUACCCCGGUUGGAGGAGUUUAUUUCGGGUGAAAAGUGAUUGCAUACGUUUUGGAACCAGCCAGGUAACCCCUUCAAAACCCACAGCAAUAUCGGCUCAAAACACAAGUGAGGUAGCCUUGGCUAGAUUACGCACGUGGUGUAAUGUACAAUUAUGUGUUUUCACACGCAAAAGUUAUUGCUUUUGAUAAAAACGCUUUUUCUGCCUUCCCAAUGAAAACUAGUUUGAACAUUUGAAAAUAUAUUUGAUGGAAAAGAGAUGUAUAUUUCUGGACGAUGCACCAUGCUGCUUUAUUGACAAGUUGAUUAGGCUAAUGCUCGAUUUGAGAACGCCGCUCCUCCCUCAUUGAAACUGAGUAUCACUUGCGGUGCUGGGUGCUUCCCUCCCCAACUGUAGCGAAUCCGGAUACAACGCGCUUGAUUUGGUCACACCCUUUAUCUCCUUUUAAGGUGCGACGAAGGCUGAUGAUGUAAAUUGUGAGGUGUGUGGGUUGGAAAAUGAAAACCAGCACAGAGAACACUUCGAUGUCUUGCCCACAGAAAUGGUGCCAGUUACAUAACACUAUUGCAUGGUAGGAAUAGCAGUGUAAAAGCCGUUUUGUAUUUCACGGAUGCGCCUUUCAUAUUGGAAUCGUCCCCUCGUUACUGCUUUACAUGAGGUUUUGGUGUUUCUGUGGUGGACUCCAGGAGGAGGUGGGCAGCAGCAGCAGGUGAUCACUAGCUUUUUCCUUGCAGCUUCAGCGCAGCUAGCGCGGAUGGGAUACAUCAGACUUCGGAUAGGGCCUGGCUGGGAGAGGGAGUGAGAAUGGACAACCUUUCCGACUUUGGGUCCCUGUGUCCGUCCAGCAGGAGGGAAUGGGACACCAGCAGCUGUGUGGACGAUUUGAUGGAUGAAGAUGAUAAAGACAGGGCAAAAAGGGCAUCUCGGAACAAAUCAGAAAAGAAAAGAAGAGACCAAUUCAAUGUGCUCAUCAAGGAGCUGUGCACCAUGUUGCAGGGCCAAGGCCAUCCGCGCAAGAUGGACAAGUCCACCAUACUGCAGAGAACUAUCGACUUCCUGCAGAAACAGAAAGAAAUCACAGCACAGACAGAGUCAUGUGAGAUCCGGCAGGACUGGAAGCCUUCGUUCCUCAGUAAUGAGGAGUUCACCCAGUUGAUGCUGGAGGCUUUAGACGGUUUCCUCAUAGCACUAACUACAGAUGGAAACAUUAUAUAUGUGUCCGACAGUGUGUCUUCACUCAUUGGCCAUUUACCGUCAGAUAUGGUGGACCAAAAUAUCUUGAACUUCCUCCAUGAGCGUGAGCAUGGGGAGGUCUAUAAGCUGCUAUCAUCCCACAUGCUGAUGACUGACCCCAUCUCUGCUGACGCCCUGGACAGUAAGACACACAUUGAGUUCUGCUGUCAUUUAGCCAGAGGAAACAACCACCCAAAGGAACCGUCUACAUAUGAGUAUGUUAAAUUUGUCGGAGAUUUGAAGUUUCAUAACAAUGUGCCUACAUCCUCUUGUAACGGGUUUGAUUUGACAUUACCAAGAACCCUGCCGUCGUCGCUGGAAGAGCAGGUCUGCCUUGUUGCCACUGUACGAUUAGUCACUCCGCAAUUUUUAAAGGAUUUGUGUAAUGUGGAAGGUCCCUGUGAUGAAUUCACAUCCAGACACAGCCUUGAAUGGAAGUUCCUGUUCUUAGAUCACAGAGCUUCACCAAUCAUCGGGUACUUGCCCUUUGAGGUUCUUGGGACUUCUGGCUAUGAUUACUAUCAUGUGGAUGACUUGGAGCUUAUAGCGCGGUGUCAUAAGCAAUUAAUGCAGUUUGGAAAGGGUAAAUCCUGCUACUAUCGGUUUCUAAGCAAGGGUCAGCAGUGGAUCUGGCUCCAGACACACUACUACAUUACAUACCACCAGUGGAACUCCAAGCCAGAGUUCAUAGUGUGCACUCACACAGUCGUCAGUUAUGCGGAGGUGCGAGCGGAGAGGAGGAGAGAGUUUGGCUUGGAGGAGACGUCACCUGACAUGGCCACUUCGUCAUCCAUGAAGGCUCAGGAGGUGUACCUGGACAUCUGUCCCAAUCUGGACCCCCCCGGACUGGACAGGAUGAGCGGGGCACGCUCAGUGUCCUCCCACAGCUCCCGGAAGUCCUCCCACACGGCCCUGUCCGACACGGCAUCAGCCAACUCAUCUUUGCGGUACACAGAUGCUUGCACACCAUCACGGCAGUCUGCAUCCAUCGCUGGGACAGAGAAGAAUUUGUCCAGACUCGCACCCAGUAGUGCAAAGACUUUGGGGCUAAACUCUUUUGACCUCCUUCCCCAACUAAGCCUCCCCCUUUCUCCUACCUGCAGCCAGCACUCCGCAAUGUCGCAGCAACAACAACAGAAGCCACAGCAGCAGCAACAGUCCAUGUACCAGCAGCAGCCUCCUGAGCCUCAGCUAGGUGUCAUGCACCAGCUCAAGGAGCAGCUGGAGGAGAGGACACGCAUCCUGCAGAUGGACAUCAAGACUCAGCAGCAGGAGCUGUAUGACAUCAAGGAGAAGCUGCAGCUGGCUAACCUCCAGAUGUUGUUACAGCAGCCGGUCCACAGUGACUUUGGCCAGGUCCAUCAGGGUCCAGGGAGGCCAGCCCAGCAGCAGGCCCAGUCUGGGGUGAUCAGGCAGGCCUCGAGCCACUCCAAACAGCCUCUUCAUGGAGCCCACGGCUCGUCCCCUCACUCUCUCCUCACAGAGCACAGCACACCCUCCCCUCAGGUGCAGCAGAGGUUGAUAAGGAGUGCAGGCGGGCAGAUGCAGGCAGUCAGUCUCCCGGUGCAGACCCAUGCCAACCUGACCAUGCCCUUCUACAGCAACCCCAUGAUGUUCUCUCAGCAGACGACCGCACGGGCACUGCAGGACGCAAACCAAAGACACUCAGACUCUGAGUUUAGCCAAGAGAGACAGCUACGCAUGCUGCUCAACCAGCCAGUGCAGACACUCGUACCUGAUAGCAGUGUUAGCUCCCAGGCUUCCCAGUGCAACACAGCCAUCCAGCAAACCAAAUACACCCUGGAGCAGCAGAUGAUGACCCCAUCGUUUCCCAUGCAGCAGGUGAACUGCAACGCUGUCCUGGUCCCCUCUCCUGUCUUCACGUCCUCCAUCAUGAUCCCUCACAACAGCUUUAUCACGCACCAGGCCCAGCCCACCUACCAUGCUCAGCAGCAGGCCUGCCAGCACUCUCUCCAGUUGCAGCAGCCCCAGCAGUUCUUUCAGAUGCAGCCCCAAGGACUCUUACACAGUGGAACCACUCAGGCUUUUUUCCACACUACUAAUGUCCCACAGCAAGGUACUGUCAGUUAUAUUCAACAACAACCGCAGCAACAACAACAACAACAGCAGCAACAGCGGCAACACCACCAUUCCCAAAACCAGCCUGGCAGCCUUUCAGACUUCCGAAAUAUGCUCACUCAGUAGCACCGAAGACACAAACAGAGUGGUGAGAUAUCUUCUGAAACGUAUUGUUACAGGUUUGGCGGCAGAAUUCUAUGGGAUGCAUAGAAGACACAGAGAGGCAUAUUUGGUCCCAUGCUGUGCUGUGUUGUGUUCUUCACUGUUUAAGAAGCCAUUGUGGCUUUUUUUACACAGCAAAAACAAAACGUGAAAAUGAAAAUAUUCGCUGCACCAACAUCUCUGUCCCACUUCACUGAGCUACUGGGGGCCAUGCUUACUCGUCAUAUUUCAUCAUGGCACUGCUGGAUGAGAAAAAAACUGUCAAAGGAAUCAACAGGAAAACCGUGCUACUGUGUGUUUUCAUGCAGAUGUGUUUUCAACAAAAAAAAGAGGUUGUUGGGUGAGCCUUGUUGUGCACUGACUGCACUGUGUUCAUACCAUCUGUCCUGUUGUUUCCAGAGAGUAAACGCAUGCAGUGAGCAUUUACUCCUUCAAAGUUGCAUCUUCAUUUCACAUGAAAAACACUUGUCUGUAGGUUAUGGUUUUGCUGUGCAUACAUAUAUUUGUUUUAACAUAGGAAGACUAUUAUGAAACUGUAGUUUCAAGGAAACAUAAAGGAAGAGGUCAUUUUGAUGUUGGACGUGUCGUCUUUUCAUCAAACAUUCAAUCAGCCACUCCCAGACAUAGUUGAUAUCAUUAGUAAACACUGAAGCAUAUUCACCACUCAACGCUAUUAGUCCAUGUUUGGGGAAAAAAUAUUUUGCAUGACUGACACAGCAACAAAUGUCCUCAUACAAUUACUAUUAUAUUCAUUGUAGAAUCAAAUAUUUAGACAUGAUUUUUCUAAAAGCGAACAAUAGUACCAAUUAGUUAUGGCAACAUUUGUAUUCAAUAAUUCAUAAAAAUCAAGCUUCAUAUUAUUUAUCCACACCUUAAUGGAAAGAGCAAACCUUAUUAGUAGACUACCAUAGCAUGUUUGUUUAUUUAUCAUACAUUUCUGAACAAAUUGAAGCUGUUUUACUGGGUGCGUUUUUAAUCAGGCAUUGAAAGAUAAGUCAAUAAGGUCUUAAUGCCUUAACCGGCUUACAAGCAUUAACAGCUACUAACAGCACAGUAACAGUAGUUUGUUGCCCAAAUCACCCAAGAACUCAUUGUUUUGUAUCAAGUGUAACAGAUGCUGCAAUGAUUAGGAAGACAUCACUAAUAUAUUGUAGUUGUCUUACAUUGAUUAUGUAUACUGUCAUAAUGUAAUUUUUUUCUCAGGUUAUUUGUGGAAACAAAUAUUCUCAGUAUUACAUUAACAAUUUGUACGUUUCAUAAUUUGUUGGUUACAGUUUAAUUGUUUAUAUUUGGUCAUCUUUGCAAUUCAGCAGAAUGUUGUUGAUUUUUGGACUAUAGAGACUAUAAGUGUAUUUAUCCAUGUAUGAGUAAUUGUGUCCAUACACUGGGGAUUUUAGGAAUACUGUGUAUGAACAAAUAGAGACAAAUGGCCUGCUAAUGUAAAUGACAAUCAAACUGACCACUUCAAAUAAUACUACGUAUUUCCUAUUUACUUUUUUUUCAAGUUCCAUCCGUUUUCCCCAAAUAACUACAACAGUAGGUGUCUGACUUGAGUUGCCCCAUGUUCAUUAGAUAUUGUCAUAUUUUAAUGUGAAAGUCCUACUGUGAAACACUUAUAUCCUGUCAAACAAAGAGGCCUAUGUAUGCCUCAAUUUCCCUUUACACUCACUAGCCAUAACAAAAUUGAACAACAUAUUGGAAUUCUAAACUAAAUGUGCCAUUUCACAUGAAGUGAAGGUUGAAAUGCAUUGUGGAGUGAUAAGAAUGUUAAAUUGUACAACGUUUAUGACAAUCCUACCAAUCUCUGCUAUGGACAUUGAGUCGCUAUCACGUCAUCGGUUACAGUCACUCUCACGAAGACUGGUGCUGUUCAUUUUGGUUGAAGAGAUCAAACAAAGUUCUAGAAUUCUUAUAGUAUGUGCUGUUUUAAUUUAGAAAAAAUGAUUUAUGCUGUUGAAAUUAUGUUUCUUGGCAAGUAUGCACUCAUGUAAAAAAAAAAAAGAGAUAUAGUUGUAUACUAUAAUCUAAUGUACUAUGUGAAUUAAAUGGAAAUAUCUUUAACAUUCCUUCAACCAUGAAUAUCAGCAGUGUCUUUACUGAGGUACAGCUUGUAUCUGCUAAAGACUUUGUUAGAAUGACUUAAUCCACACUAAAGACGCAGGUCAACUUUUCUCAGAGUGAUGCUGGCAUCAGGAAAGGGGGCCACAUUAGAUUCAGUAAAACUUGUUGGCCUCUUGCUGGGGUCAGCCCAACAUAAACAUUGUUUUAAGUGGUAUGAGCAACACAUUGUUUCAACAUAGUUACUGUGUCAGUUCAGUAUUACUCUAAAGACACAACAGUGACUCUAUUCAAGACCUACAUGCAGAUUUGUUUAGAAACAGUCCUGUUAACAUACCCAAUCCUUUUUAAAUCCUGUUUGUUGAUAGUCAGCCAAAUAUGUCCCCAGGUUGGCCUCCUCUCAACCUUAUCAUUCAGAAAAAAAGUCAGUUGUUGGUUCAAUGUGCUCAAUGCCCAAUCAUAUAGUAAACUGCCUUUUGAAGCUGGUUGAAGGAACAUGUAGUGUAUGUUUAAUUUCCAAGCUGAUAGAAUAAGAGUAAACCAUGUUCUUAAAAUUGUCCAGUGUGCUCUCUAGCUAACUGUAGUUUAUCCUCCAUUUUAUGUAAAGAAUUUGCUUUAGUUGCCCCUAUUUGCAUCCACAGGCAGUUAUUACAUUUCCAUUAACCCAGUCCCACAGAUGAUUUCCCAAAGAGGUCAUACUGAUAGCCAUUGUGUGUUUGCUGUGUAUUGCUUCAGUUUAUACAAAUGUUCAUGUUUAUUGGUAUUUGUUUGUUAAUUGUGAUUGCUACAUUAGAUCAAAUGGUACUGUUUCUCUUUGAUUCUGUUGAAUCUGUCUCCCCAGCAGUAGAAUACGCACUUUUUGUUUUACCGUUUGACUAUAGUUUUAUGUUCAUUGAUUCUUCAUCAAGUGUCAUUAUUUUUGUGACCUUGAUUUUUGCAUUUCUGACCUUUAGAGGUGACUGCGCAUCCUUGCAGUAUAUGGGGUGGAGAGUCCAUGAAUGAAUACUGUAUAGAAUUUGCUAGGAAGAAGUAAGACACAAACAAAAAAGAACCUGGUACUGUACAUAACAGCCAUUUCAUUGCAGAAAACUAAUUGAAAAUAUUGUAUUAUAGAAUGUACAAAACAUGUUUAGAUUAUAUAGUUAUUUUAUAAGAUGUCAAAUAGAUUGAAUAUAUGUGUAUGUAUGUAUGUAUGUAUGUAUGUAUGUAUGUAUGUAUGUAUGUAUGUAUGUAUGUAUGUAUGUAUGUAUGUAUGUAUGUAUGUAUGUAUGUAUGUAUGUUACAUGAUUUUAAAGUAAAACAAACAAGUAUUUUGUAACACAUUAUUAAAGUGUCUUAUUGGG